AUGUCUGAACGAAAGGUCCUCACCAAGUACUACCCACCGGAUUUUGAUCCGUCGCUCAUCACCCGAACUCCCAAGCAUCUACGGGCGUCAGGGUCUAAGCUCCUGACUGUCCGCCUUAUGGCGCCGUUCAGUUUAAAGUGCACUAAUUGCGGUGAAUACAUAUACAAGGGACGCAAGUUCAAUGCGCGGAAGGAAACCACUGAUGAGAAGUACCUCAACAUUACAAUAUACCGGUUCUAUAUCAGAUGUACCCGAUGCUCGAGCGAGAUCACAUUUAAGACGGACCCUAAAAACAUGGAUUAUGUCUGUGAACGAGGAGCUAAAAGAAAUUUUGAACCGUGGCGUCAGGCGAAAAGCGAGGAAGUGAGCGAAACACACGAUGAAACGCUAGAUCGUCUCGAACGGGAAGAAAAUGAGGAGCUCGAGCGAGAGGAGAGAGAUAAAAUGCUAGAGCUAGAGGAGAAGAUGCAGGAUUCUAAGCGGGAAAUGGCAGUAGCCGAUGCUCUGGAUGAAAUACGAUCGAGAAACGCAAGGAUAGAGAGGGGGGAACGUGGAGGAGGAGAGUUGGCUUUGCAGAGGGCGAAGGCAGAAGCUGAAGAGGCGAGAGCUAGGGAGGACAAGGAGAUUGAAGAGGCAGCUAAAAGGGCAUUUAUGACUGAUGACGGCAAUCGAGUUAAACGGCUUGUUGAUGAUGAUGAUCAAGAUACCGCAACUCCAACUGAAAUGCCUCCUCCCUCGUUUAAGCGGGUAAAGAAGGCAAAAAAGCCAUUUUCUGCAGGAUUGGGUAUAAAGAAGAAAGGUCCCCUCGUUUAA